UCAUGUUUCCUUUCCAACUAUUAAACCUUUUCUUUGUGGCUUCCAAAGACAAAGAGGAGGACUCCAAAUAUGACCUGUCCCGCUACAAGCGUGGUGACCUGUUAGAAGUCCCAAGGACAUUAUUCACCCAUUUCGGUAUUUACUUGGGUGACAACCGGGUGGCUCAUCUCAUUCCGGACAUCCUGCCAGCGAUAUCCAAGAACAAAUCUGCUAUAGCCCAGAUGGUGACAAACAACCGUCUCAUUCUAGGGGUAAUCACCAAAGUGGCCAGCAUCAGAGUGGACACUGUGACAGAUUUCGCUUACGGCUCAGAGAUUUUAGUUAACCACACGGACAAGUUGUGCAGUCAGCCUCCCUUGGAUGGGGACGAGGUGGCCCGAAGGGCUGAGAAACUGCUGGGCUCCAUCACCUACAGUCUGCUGUGGUACAACUGUGAACACUACGUCAUGUACUGCCGGUAUGGCAUGGCCAUCAGCUACCAGACAUACCAGUUCUGUACCACAGUGAGGAAGAUUGUGUGCAGCAGGAUGAGCGCCUACCUCACUGCCCUGUGUGGUGCAGGGAUCAUGCUGUACUUGGAUUCUCUAACGCCGCUAACCAUUUUGCCAACGCUUCUCAUCGCUUUCACCAUCUGGAUGGCGUCCUAAUGGCGAGAUGACUCAUGAGAAAAGACUGAUCUAUAACACACUGCUGAAAGCUGGAAUAAAGUCCUAUGGUUCAGAUGUCUGACUAAAGGCACUGGGAAAUUACAUUUUCACUAUAGGAUAACACUAACGGCAUUAUGUUAUCUACUGUAUUAAUGUAAAAUAGUCUUAAUGGGAAGAUAUCACCGACAGAUAGUUUUUUCAUGACAGUGGAGCUGAUGUACUAAAGUGAUGUUCAUCCACUAAUACUUGUAGCUCAUCAAAGAAUUGCUACAGUUGACUUGUUAUUGUGUAUAUAUAUAU